CAGUACCUUAUGAAAAGCUGCAAGAACCUCAAGGGAGGGCUGCAAGAAGUUGCUGAUCAGUUGGAGUUGGAAAGGAUUGGGCCACAGCAUCAGGCAGGCAGUGACUCCCUUCUCACAGGAAUGGCUUUCUUCAAAAUGCGAGAGAUGUUCUUUGAAGACAACAUCGAUGAUGCAAAGUACUGUGGCCAUCUGUAUGGGCUUGGUACGUCAUUUGUGAUGAACGGAAACAGUUAUCACGAUAACGGUGACAACAGCAGCUCGUCAUGAUGAACUGGGAUGGAUGAAUGGGGCCAUAAAAUAGUGUGUGUUGUGCGCAGAGGAGACUGCACCACUCAUUUUAAAACAAAAGAAAUCCCCAUCAUCCCCACAGAAAGCUACAUUUUAUUUUAUGUACAAAUAACAGUUAAAAAUGGAUGAUGGUUUUGGAAACAGACAAAGCUAUCUGCAUAACCUCUGGGGUGUAACACAGUAUGUGACCAACUAAUAAUGAAUUUUUGACAGUCUAGAAUUUCAGAUCAGCAUUUGUAGAUAUGGUAGGAGCACCUUCACUGUGAUACACAUCUGAGAUAAUAGCAGAAGUUUGUAUGUUUUUCUAAUUAGUACAAAAUGUCAGUCCAUUUUUUGAGACAAAAUAUUUUGAAAUGAAGAACUUUCUUUUUGGGGAUAGUUGAGGAGAUGUCAUUGCACUGCCAUCCCUUCAUGUUAAUUUCAUGCCCCACGUCUCCACUCCCUUGGCUUGUAAUGGACAACCUUCCCACUCUUUGUAUUUGACAUUGUGCAUGCAGACAGUGCUUAGGAUUCAAGAAAAGGAAGUAAUGUCUUAGAUUUUAUAUGUGUAGUAUAGUAGUCUUAUGUGAAUUAUGCUAGGAUGCACUAACUCUACCACAUGUCAAAAAAAAUAAAUGAUUUCAACUACAGGCAUAAAUGUUGUUGAGCUUCAUUUGUAGUGAAAUUAAUAUUUGUAUGUUGUAGUCAGUCGGAAUUACACUUCGUUUUGGGGCUGUAGUGUUGGUAUCAGGUUGCACAAACCAGAUGUUAGUAAUCUUACGCUUCCAGUAAGCUUUUAUUUGCAUUUUAAUUUCAGUGCAUAGUCACCUUUUAUCUGUGAAGGUUUUAAAUUAAAUUUGUAUUUUUAUAUCAUUUUUAUAAAAUGUUUAUUUUAGAAUA